UCCAUUUCUCCUUCGAGUUACGCCGACCCGGCCCAAUGCGAAACCGACGGAGUUGCUGUUGGAUCGGCUUCUUCGAUGCAUAUUGAAGACACAGCGUAGGCUCGCAAAAGCAUGUCGCCAAAUUGCACCUGGCGGUCGUUCCGAAGGCUUCGUCCUGGUACGGAGUCUGGUAUUACAAACCCAGACGGGACCGAGCCACAUGGCUCAGAGUUCGGGCUCAUAUCGUGAUCUGGCCAGGUCUCGACAUUUAUAUAACGAUAGGUAGAGGUCAUGGUGUUGCCUGCUUCUGCUUCUAUUGUUAUCCUACGCUCCCACACUCACCGCUUUCCUUAACCUCCUUACGAUCAGUAUCAACAUGUCUGACUCCGUCAUUCCGACAGGUUCUCUGGUUCUAAUCACUGGAGCAACCGGCAGCGUUGGUGGAGCCGUCGCCGACGAAGUCCUCAAAGCAGGCUACAAAGUCCGAGCCGUUAUCCGCAACCAGCAGAAGGGGAAGUAUCUCGAGGAAGCCUUCCACGAGCGCUACGGCAAGGAUGCCUUUCAUACGGUCCUUGUGGAAGACUUGACGGUGCCUGGAGCGCUGGACGAGGCUAUGAAAGAUUGUGCGGGCGUGAUACACACUGCCAGCGACGUGACGUUCCGAGACGAUCCCAACCUUGUAAUCACUCCCGUCGUAGAAAUGGCGAAGAACGUCCUUGCCUCUGCCGCCAAGACCCCGACGAUCAAACGCUUCGUCUUCACAUCGUCAUCCUCGGCCGUUCCCCCGGUCGCGCAAGAAGGCCACAUCACUCCCGCCUCCUGGCUCCCCGACGAUGUUAUCGACAUGGCCUGGUCGAAGCCCUACGGCGGCAUGGAGAAGUCCGGCGCCAUCUACACCGCCAGCAAAAUUCUUGGCGAACGGGCAUGCUGGGACUUCGUGCGCGACAACAAGCCGCACUUCGAGUUUAACUCCAUCGUGCCGAAUGCGCACAUCGGCGCUUUCAUCCACCCGAAACUCAUCUCGUCCGUUAACGGAAUGAUCCUGGGCGUUUGGCACGGCGACGAAAGCGGCACCCGCUUCCUAGCGAUGAUGGGUCCUCAAGCCGCAAUCAACCUCGAAGAUUCCGGGAAGUUGCAUCUAGCCGCCCUCAUCCUCCCCGAAAUCAAAAGCGAGCGCCUCCUCGCGUUCGGCGAAGGCUUCACGGCCGACGACGUGUUGGAUGCCAUGCACACGAUCGAUCCGAGCCGGAAGUUGCCGGCCAAAGCGGGUGGUUUGCCGCGGGCGAAGGCGACGGUGGACAUGAGCCGGUCGAUGGAAGCGCUGGCGAAGAUGGGGAAGCCGCAGCUGACGGGUUUGGUGGAGAGUGUGAGGCAGAAUGUUACGUCCCUGCCGGAGGAUGCGGAUAUCAAAGGCGCGAUGGCCGGGAUAUUUGGUGGUGCGUCGCUGCAAGGCUGAGUUGGUUCGUGACUGGAUUGAAGAUUUGGUCGGUCUUGGUAUUGUAAGGAUUUGUUAGAGUGCUACC